AUGGCUUCGUCUUCAUCUUCAUCUUCUUAUUCUCGGAAGGAGCUUCAAAAAGAGCUCAGAGAUAGUGGGAAUAAGCUUCUUAUGCCCCCCUCUUCAGUUGAUGAACUCCUCAAUCUUCUUGAUAAACUAGAGAUUGCUUUAAACAAGGUAAAACAAAUACCAUCACAAUCGAUGCUGGAUGCAGUUGUACCCUCAAUGAAGGCUCUGAUUGCUAAUGAACUAUUGAGGCACCCAGAUAUUGAUGUAAAAAUUUCAGUAGUAUCUUGCAUUAGUGAGAUUUCGAGAAUAACGGCCCCAGAACCACCUUACAAUGAUGACCAAAUGAAGGAAAUUUUUCAGCUUACUGUGAUGGCCUUUGAAAAAUUAUCCAACAUGUCUGGUCGCUGUUAUACUAAGGCUAUAUCAAUUCUUCACACGCUUGCGCAAGUUAGGUCAGUCUUGGUGAUGCUUGACUUGGAGUGCAAUGACUUAAUUGUUGAGAUGUUCAAACAUUUCUUACGCACCAUCAGGUCCAACCAUCCAGAUCAGGUAUUCUUAGACAUGGAGACAGUUAUGACCACAGUCUUGGAGGAAAGUGAAGAAAUAUCAAUGGAGCUUGUUAGUCCUCUUCUGACUAGUGUCAAAAAGGAAAAUCAGAAAGUUUCACCUGUUUCUUGGAAGUUGGGUGUGAAAGUCAUAAGAAACUGUGCUGCUUCACUCAAACCUUAUCUUAGAAAAGCAGGGCAAACCAUGGGCACUGUUUUAAGUGAUUUUGCGGAAGUAGUGGUUUCAAUAUGCCAGGGUGCAUUUGAAGGGGAAAAUUUGGUGGUAGUAGAUCUUGAGUCGGAUGCCAUUUAUACUAAAGAAAUUGGUCCAUCUGUGGAUGAAUCUUUCAAGUCAGUAAUGAAUGAUAGGACUACUCAAACAAGGAGUGAUGAUACUAUGAGUGAUUCAUCCUCUUUGGAGAUAUUAGAGCGUGAUUGUCAGACUGAGCAGCAUGAAGGUACUGAUGCAGGAGUAGAGGCGCAACCUGAAAAUUCAGACUCCUCAAUUAAACCAGAAGCAGAGCCAGAAGAGGUUCUUCCAAAGAAAAGGGGCAGGAAACCUAAUUCUUUAAUAAAACCGGAGGAGGGCUACGACCAUUCUUGGAUUACUUUACGAAGUAAAUCUGAAGGCAAAAUAGAUUCCAAAAACAAACCCGCGAUGGGCCAAACUAAAGAGGAGACAGUUCCAUCCCUGGACAAUGUAUUUGAAAAGAAGGAAGAUGGGGUCCCCAAAGAUCCUGAAGGAAGGCAAGAGUCACUGGGCCGACAAAUGGUUGGUAAGAAACAGUGUGGGAGAAAAAUUACUUCUGAGAAGCAUGUUACUGAAGUAACAGGAGCUUCCUUUUAUGAGGGAAGUGAUCUUAAAAGCAGUCGGCCAAAGAGGAAAGGGAGCCUAAUAAAUCAUGAGGGUGGUCUGGAUUUGUUGUCAGUGCCAAAGGGAGGUUUGCUGAGUGAUAAGCUUGAGGAGAAAGCUUCACGAUAUGCAGAUGUCUCUUUGAAAAAGAAAUCUGAAUGCGCAAGAGAAUCCAAAACAAAACCUGCAAUGGGCUCAAGUAAAAAUGUGCUUGCUGCCAAGAGUAAGAAGCAUGUUACUGAAGAAUCUAGAGACAAGAAAAAGGAAAGGUCUAUAACCAAACAGUUAGCCAAAGAUGAGAAUCACUUGCACAAAGUUUCAAAGAAAAGCUGCAAGCGGAAAAAUACUCAACGAAAAGAUGAGGUUUCUGAAAUGCUCCCUGGUUUCAACGAUUAUGGUGAACAAUUGGUUGGUUGCACUAUUAGGGUUUGGUGGCCGAUGGACCAAAUGUUCUAUGAAGGCGUUAUUAGUUCUUUUGAUCCUUUAGAAAGGAAACACAAGGUAUUAUAUGCUGAUGGAGAUGAAGAAAUACUGAAUCUCUGUUGGGAACGCUGGGAAUUGGUUGGGAUGAACAUUUUGCCAGAUCGAAGGCAAGAAAAGGAUGUUCCAAGUCCCGAUGCUAUAUCUGACAUGCAACAGAAGAAAGGGACAACAAAGUCAAAGACUUCCAUGAAACAAGAAAAAAUGGACAAUUUGUCAAAAAGAGGUGGAGCCUCUGCCGGCAGACCAAAUGUCAAAGCCACAAAAUCAGGCAGACCCACAGAUGUUUCUGUCACGGACGCCCUUAACAUUGUUGAUAAAUUGGGAGACGACACAUCUGAACCAAGCAGAAAAUUGAAUGAUGGCCAAAAAUUUACCAGCAAGUCAAAAGCUGAAACACCUAUGACGAUUCCGAGGAUCAAGCGUGGCACCUCCCAAAUUGUAACCAGGAGUGAAAUUGCCAAAGCCGGUGAUGCGUCCUGUAUUAUAUCCAAGUGUAAAAACACAAAAGCCGAUAGUGAAUCCAAUACUAACAAUGCUAAACAGAAACAUAUAUCCUCUCAGGCGAAAUUGGGUGGAGAUAUGGGGAAAGAGAAGUUGACAGAUCCAGUUGACACACAAGAAACCGAGACACCAAAACCAAAGAAGCAGCGAGGUAGAUUGGUCAAAAGCUGGGCAAAUCAAAUUCUUUCCCAACCUGAUCUUAUGCAGAGUUGAAGUUCUGUUUUAUCUUUUGUAGUUCUCAAUAUAUGAGCUUCUGAGGCCUUGUCUCUAAUCAUAGGCACAUAGAUGUAACUUUUGUUUAUCUUGAACUGAAACUUAAAUUUGGCGGCAAGGCAUGUAGGGUUAUAUUAUAUGAACAAUGGGUAAGUUAUGGUAUAGGAUAGUGUUUGGGGCAUUUAUUUUGUCCUAUAUGUAUAAUCUCUCCUUGGCUGUUGAACUUUUGUAAUUAGUUUGAACAGCCUGGAUUUUUGUUAUAGAUGUCUUUUAUCCAUAGUUUUGAAUGAUCACCAACUCUGAUGUUACCAAUGCUCUUUUACUUGUUAGCAUCUUUGUUGAU